AUGGAAAAGCACAAUAUAGAUAUAUGUGCCCUGUCUGAAACAAAGCGGAAAAGUAAGGGCGAUCUUACUUACCCUAAAUAUUGCCUAAAGUAUAGCGGAAAAGAACAUGCACAACGAGCUUCAGCAGGAGUAGGUAUGCUAGUUAGCACAAAAUACAUACAAAAUAUUGAAGAAACGCAUUACAUAAACGAAAGGAUUCUAAGAGUAGUAAUAGAUGGCGGGAAAGAAAAACUGCAUUUUAUUAGUGUGUACGCGCCAGAUACUAACAAAAGCAACGAAGAGAUUAAAAGUUUCUAUGAUGAUUUACAAGCAGAAAUAGAAAAAGUACCAAAAGAACACAAAAUAGUAAUUUUGGGAGACAUGAACGCCCGAGUCGGAAAUACAGAAAUAAACGGAGUAAAGAACCGAUUUAACGAAUCACAUAUUAACGAAAACGGACAAAAAUUAGUAAAUUUUUGCGCACAAAACGAAUUGAGAAUCAACAACACCUAUUUCGAUCAUAAAAUACAACAUAAAAUAACCUGGUUAAACACAAGAGGAGCUACAUCUAUAAUAGAUUAUAUAAUAACAAAUAGAGCUGUUCACCCAACUCAAAUACUAGACGUGCGUUCUUUAUCCUCAGCAAACAUAGGAUCUGAUCAUCAGCUAGUCCUUGCAAAGAUAAGACUUAACGUGCAAUCAAAAAAAAGGCCCCCACCCGUGUACGUUGAAAAACUGAACAUAGAGUCUUUGAAAACAGAAUCUGUAAAAAACCUAUACAAAAACAGAUUAGCAGAAAAAAUAAGAUUAAAUCAGAUACAAUUAGAAGAGAAUGUUGAAACUGCUUGGAAAAAGGUUAAAGAAAACAUAGAAAAUGCAGCAAACGAAGCGUUGGGCAAAAGAAAGAUAAAUAAAAAUGCAAACAAAACAAAUACGCCAUGGUUUACUGCAGAAGUAAAAGAGCUAGCAACAGAAAAACGCGAAAGUUACUUAAAAUACCUAAGUAAGAGAUCGCCCGAAGCAUACAGAGAAUACAAAUCUGUGAGAAACCGCGUAAAUUCCAACAUACGCAGAAUAAAAAAAGAACACUGGGAAGCGUUUACUGCAGACAUGGAAAGAGAUUUGUAUGGUGCCCAAAAAAAAGUGUGGGGAAUGCUUCGACGAAGGAAAAAGGAGGUAAAUGAAUAUGUGCAAACAAAUACUAUAUCUAUUCAAGACUGGGAAAAUCACUUUAGAAAGUUGUAUGAAAAUAGGGAAGACCGUGAAGCAGAAACACUUUUGCCAGAAGUAAUAAGUACUUUUAUUAGCAUAGAACUUGUAGAGAACGCUGUAAAAAGUUUGAAAAAUCGAAAGGCAGCCGGAUAUGAUGAAAUACCAAAUGAGCUAAUAAAAUACGGGGGCAAAGGUCUCCAUCAUCAAUUGGCAUUAUUGUUCCAAAAAACCAUUACCAGCGGAACAAUUCCAACUGACUGGAGGAAGAGCCUCACAAUACCUAUUUUCAAAAAGGGGGAUAAAAGGAUCCCGGAAAAUUAUAGAGGGAUAACUCUUCUAAGUGCGGUAAUGAAGCUCUUCACAAAAAUUCUCCAGAAUCUCCUAUCAGAAAAAAUUAUUAUGUGUGAAGAACAGCAAGGAUUUCGAAAAAACAGAUCUACGAUAGACGCAAUUUUUGUGGUGCGACAAGUAGUAGAAAAAUCAAUAGAAUUCGAGAAACCGGCAUUUAUGUGCUUCGUGGAUUUAACUAAAGCUUUCGACCGCGUCCAACUCAAUGAUAUAAUCGAGAUAUUGACAGCGAAAAACAUCCCACCCGAAAUAAUUAAAAUUAUCUAA